CUGUGCUGUGGACAUUUCUUCCUACAUUUUUAAGGUUAUGUUUACCUUAAAUUGUAAAAAAUAAGAUGGCCCUACUAAAAACUCUUUCUUUGCGUUCUAUAAUAAGCACAUCGCAUCGAGCGUUCAUAAAUUCCAUCAGAUUGACAUCCUCCAACCCAGAAUCUGACGAUGCUCCCGUGGAAAUGGAUAAUCCAUACAAGAAGGAACGACGCCAGUGUAUUCUUUGCAAGCUCAACAUAACCCCAGACUACAAGAACUAUAGAUUACUAUCACAGUUUCAAAGCCCUUACACUGGAAGGAUAUAUGGAAGACAUAUUACUGGGCUCUGUAAGGCCAAGCAGGCUCUAGUAGAAACUGAAAUCACUAAAGCACAAAACUGCGCCUACAUGCCUUAUUAUUAUAAGGACAAAGCAUUCUUUAAAGACCCAAAACUGUUUGAUCCCGAAAACCCUAUCCGCUAUCAUAGAUUCUAGUUGUUACUUAUUAGUAGAUUUUGUAGUUACGUUAAAUAAAUAAGUUAUAAUUA